CGCAGUGUCAAAGACCGACGUCGCCACUAAACUAUCUAGUAUACGGACUGUACUAUCUGCUACAUCUCCUGUGUCAAUGGAAGAAGGGUAAUAAUUUAUCCUACCAUAUUAUCUACGCACUCGAAUUGUCAGGGUCUCAGUAAUACUCACUCAUCGUUGGCCUGCAACAAUGGCUCGCCACGGGGAUACUCGCUCACCAUCACCUGUAGGCAGCACAUAUUCUUCAUCUAGACGAAGCCGCAGAGAUGAGGACCGGUAUGAGAAGAGCAGGAGAGACGAUGGAAGGCGUUAUCGAAGAUCUCGCAGUCCGGAGAGGAGAUACCGUGACCGUGAACGUGAUCGAGACCGCGACUCAUAUCGAAGGCGUGACCGCUCGUUAGACAGACGCGACGAUUAUCGUGACGAAGAGAGCUACAGACCAAACCGGCGAGAUCGUUCUCGAGACCGACGUCGGUCUAGAGAUAGAGAUGAUGAUCGAGGCUAUCGUCGGAGAAGCCGUGAGAGGGAAUAUCGAAGCAGGCGAGAUGAUUCCCGCGAUCGGGCUCGCAGGCGGACAGAUGAUUCUGCUGACUUGAAGCACAAGUCUAGACGUGAGGACAGCCGGAGCCGUGCCUCAAGCCGAGAUUCAACCAACCGAGCUCGAGAUAGCCCGAAACCGUCUGCACCAGCUCUUCCAGCGGCUCAGACCGAAGAAGAGAAGAGAGCGGAAAGACUUGCUAAGCUCGAAGCUUGGAAACAGAAACAAGCUGCCGAACGGGAACGUAAACAGCGCGAACUUGCAGCAACCGGCGGCGCGCGGAGUAUACUAAAUGAGAUUGACCGCAAGUCUGGAUUGAAGCCAGCCGCCGUUUCUCCUCAGACCCCCGUCGCAAAUAUUGAGGGCGCGACACCUAUAUCCUAUGCGGGAAAAUUUGACCCGAAGGCAAUUGCGAAGAAUGCAACAGCCUCCACAGCAGCUGCACCCUCUGUUCUAGGGACGGAUGUUGCUGUUCCACACACGGUCAAAACAUCCGCUACCUUCUCUUCCACGAAUACUGGUAUUCAGGCUAACAAACCGCCAGCCUCGACCAGUGCUUCUUCUGCUGCCCCCUUAAAAGUGAAAGGCAACGUUGGUGGUUUUGGGCUAGGUGCGAAGCCCAUAGCAGAUGCCGAGAAGUCGUCCGCCACCCGAACUCUAGGCUUCGGUGAAGAGGAAUCAACACGGAAAAAAUUGGAAAAACUGCCAACCCCCCCACUUGAGGAUUCCAAAGAUGCUAAUGGUGCAGCGGAUGUGGCAGCAGAAGGAGAAGAAGAUGAUGGCGAUGUUGAUAUGCAAGAUGGUGGGACUGAAGAGGAGAAUGCUGCCGCUGCACGUGCCGCCGCAGAACGGCGAGAAGAGCGCCUUCAGAAUCAAACUUUGAACUCACAUCUGCACGGUGACAUUCAAAAUGGGGCCCACGCGAAUGAACCGAAUGGCGAUGUCCAGAUGACGGGAACUGAACCUCAGGGUGAAGAGGAGAUCGAUCCUUUAGAUGCCUUCAUGUCUGGACUGGCGGCAUCCGAGCCGCCCAAGAAGAGUGUUGGGGCCACAUUUUCCAAGUCAAAGCGACGACAGCCGGAGCCGAUCUUUGGAGAUGAGAACGAUGUCGACGUCACCGCUGUUGGUGAUGGUGACGCGGAUGACUUCCUUGCUAUUGCGAACAAGACUCGAAAGAAGAAGGAUAUCCCUGCAGUUGAUCAUGCCAAGGUAAACUACGAACCCUUCCGAAAGAAGUUCUAUUCCGAGCCUAUAGACUUGGCGGAGAUGUCAGAAGAAGAAGCUGCAAGUUUACGUUUAGAACUCGAUGGAAUCAAAGUGCGUGGUGUCGAUGUUCCGAAGCCCGUCCAGAAGUGGUCCCACUGCGGUCUUGGUGUGCAAACACUGGAUGUAAUUCGCAAACUUGGCUAUGAGAGUACUACUUCGAUUCAAGCCCAGGCCAUUCCUUCGAUCAUGUCCGGCCGUGAUGUAAUAGGUGUUGCGAAGACGGGCUCGGGAAAGACCAUCGCUUUCUUGAUUCCUAUGUUUCGGCAUAUUAAAGACCAACGGCCGUUGGAAUCGAUGGAGGGCCCAGUUGCCCUCAUUAUGACACCUACCCGCGAAUUGGCUACGCAGAUUCACAAAGACUGUAAGCCGUUUUUGAAGGCGCUGAAUCUCCGUGCUGUCUGUGCAUACGGCGGCGCUCCAAUCAAAGACCAGAUUGCAGACUUGAAGCGUGGCGCUGAAAUCGUUGUCUGUACUCCAGGGCGCAUGAUUGAUCUCCUGGCAGCAAAUGCGGGCCGAGUCACCAACUUGCGGAGGGUUACUUAUGUUGUUCUUGAUGAAGCAGACCGGAUGUUCGACAUGGGCUUUGAGCCCCAAGUUAUGAAAAUCAUGAGUAACAUACGACCAGAUCGCCAAACCGUACUUUUCUCGGCAACGUUCCCGCGUAACAUGGAAGCCCUGGCUCGCAAGACCUUGACCAAACCUAUCGAGAUAGUCGUUGGCGGUAAAAGUGUUGUCGCACCGGAGAUCACCCAGGUUGUAGAAGUGCGCAAUGAAGAUACGAAAUUUGUACGACUCCUGGAGUUGCUGGGAAACUUGUACUCGGACGAAAAGAACGAGGAUUCUCGAGUGCUGAUCUUCGUGGAACGCCAAGAAUCUGCAGACAGCCUUCUUCGCGAGCUGAUGCGCAAGGGCUAUCCGUGCAUGUCCAUACACGGAGGCAAGGAUCAAAUUGAUCGUGAUUCUACCAUUGAAGAUUUCAAAGCCGGUAUCUUCCCGGUCUUGAUUGCCACUUCUGUUGCUGCACGUGGUCUAGAUGUGAAACAACUGAAGCUGGUUGUAAACUACGAUGCCCCGAACCACCUUGAAGACUAUGUGCAUCGUUCCGGUCGAACUGGACGUGCGGGAAAUACGGGAACAGCAGUGACUUUCCUAACCCCAGAUCAAGAACGUUAUUCCGUUGAUAUCGCCAAGGCGUUAAAACAGAGUGGGCAACCUGUGCCAGAACCUGUGCAAAAAAUGGUAGAUUCAUUUUUGGAGAAAGUCAGGGCUGGUAAGGAGAAGGCCAGUGCCUCUGGCUUUGGCGGAAAGGGUCUGGAGCGCCUGGAUCAAGAACGAGAGACGGCACGUAUGCGCGAACGACGCACGUACAAGACGGGAGAGGAAGGUGAAGAAGAGGAGGAGAAAGAUGAAAAGAAAGCUACCGAAAAGGAGGAUAAGUUCGCCAAGGCUGUAUCUUCUGUCCAGGCGGCCACCCCGACGCCGGGUAUUCCAAAGGGCAUUGAUCUUGACGGUAAGAUCACAGUGCACAAGACGGAGAGGGAGGCCCCUGGCAAGAAUCCUCUGGACAAGGUCGGCUCUGCAGUUGCAGAUAUCCACGCGCGUCUGAGCCGCGCUGGCGUAAUGAGAACGGGAGUGCCCAUUGAUAACCGUGGACCUGAUGCGGGGGCUUUCCAUGCUACUCUUGAGAUCAACGAUUUUCCUCAGAAAGCCCGAUGGGCCGUCACCAACCGUACGAACGUCGCCAAAAUCCUCGAAGCGACCGGCACGUCCAUCACGACCAAAGGAAGCUUCUACCCACAAGGCAAGGAGCCUGGACCGUCAGACAAUCCUAAGUUGUAUAUUCUUGUUGAGGGAGAAACCGAGCUUGCUGUUACAGAUGCCAUGCGCGAGCUGAUGCGGUUGUUGAAGGAGGGAACCCUUGCUGCUGCUGAUAGCGAUGCAAGAGCUCCGGUGGGUGGACGAUACAAUGUUGUCUAGGUAGUUAUAGCUUAUAAGGCACCCUUACUAUCAUUCUCGAUAUUAAUUAAGCCGAAUUGAGUGGAAUUAUGUCCUGCAACUGAGUGUUCUGCUUAAUUGAACCGUAGCGUCGUCUCAAUGUGGGCUAUUUCUCUGCUUAGGGAAUUCAAAAUGUGUGAGAUAGCC